AUGGCUAAUGGUGGAUGGAAAGUUGUCCGUAACAAUAAUCAACGGAGGGCUCAUAACAGAGGAUCGGUUUGGACUGAUAGAAGAGGGAAGAAGAGUCAUUUGAAUGAUGAAGUGACUAGUUUCUUCAUAACUGAAUUUCCAGAAGAACUGUGUGCUAAGCAUAUUUUUGAAAUUUUUAAGGGAUAUAGAUUGGUGGCUGAAGUGGCAAUUCCUCCAAAAAGGGAUAAGAAAGAAAGGAGAUAUGGUUUUGUGAGAUUUAGGAAGAUGUCCAAUGAAAGAGAUUUAGCAACGAAACUUGACAACAUUUUCAUCAGAGGAAGGAAAUUAUAUGCUAAUAUACCUAGGUUUAAUAGGAAAAAGAAGGUGUUUGUUAAGGCUGCGUAUGGUGGGGGAGAUAAUAUGGAGAAACAAACAAGGUUCAAACAGUCUAAUCCCAUUUCUAAGGCAUCAAAGUUUAAUGACAGUCGACAAGGAUACAUAACUUAUUCCAAUGUGGUUAUGGGGAAGGAUGAGAAGUGGGAGAGGAUAGGAGGUUGUGUUGGAACUAAAAGAAAUGGUACAGUACACGAAAGGAAAACUAUUGGGUGGGAUAAGAUGGAGAAAAAACCUAUGUUUGCUCACCUACAAUUCAAUGUUGAAUCCUCGGAUCUUAAACAUUUUGAAAAGGCUUACGUGGGGAUUGUAGAGACUCCGGGAAUGACUUUCGAUAUCCAAGAAGCAUUUCAUUCAGAAGGAUAUUUUAGAGUUAAGGCUACACCUUUGGGUGCUAACCUUUGUCUAUUAGAAGAACAGGAGGAGGGCGAAAUAAAGGCGCUGGUGGAAGAAGCUAAAGACUGGAUUAGCCAAUGGUUCUCCGAUAUUCACCCUUGGUCCCUAGAAGAUGUUGAUAAUGAGAGGAUCACAUGGUUGAGGUGUUACGGUCUGCCAUGUCACGCUUGGAGCACCAAAUUUUUUGAGUUUCUCUCUGGUCUUGUGGGCACUUAUGUCUGUUCUGAUGAUGAAACCCGUGACCACACAAGAAUGGAUGUAGCUCGUUUUAUGAUUAGAACUAAAUCGUCCAUGGUGCUUAACGAGACGUUUAACUUAGAAGUUAACAAACAUGUGUAUGGGAUCAAACUUGUUGAAGACAUGCAUGGACCAAAGCGUAUUGUGGUCCCACAAGCUUCUAAGAAAGACGACAUUGCAGAGGUAUCAUCAGAAGAGGAGAAUAAGGAUGACAGUGGCGCGUGGAGUUCUGGCGACUGCAUGGGGAGCGAAGAGGAGAAAGACAAAUAA